ACUACUUAUCCUAGUAAGUCGAGGAACCACAAAUGGGUGCAACAUGAACAUUAUCGAAAUUUUAGUACAUGGUUGAAAGAAAAGGUAUUAUGAAAUACCGAGUGAUUUGAAAAUGCCAUUCUACCAUGCCCUAUAGAACAUGAAGGCUUCGACACAGUUGGUUUAGCUGUAAACAAUUUUGUAGCUUGGCCAAAGAACCUAAUCAACAUACAUCCAGAUGAUUUAGCGAAGAUGAAAGGAAAGAAGAAAGUUUCAAGAGAUCAUUUGGCUCCACCGACUCAGCCACCGAUAAACCCAAAGGGGCCUAAUAAACAGUCUGUCAAACGGUACAUUCCCCCUGCAAAGACACAAUUAUUGUCUGGACUUUCAGAGAUUGUGAAGAAUUGGCCUGCUCAGAAAUCAAAGAGAUACUAUAUUAAACCGGAAGUGUUCGGAGGAGAAGGCCAAGAGUGUUGGAUCAGCGCUGACGAGGUGGAAGAUGUGUGCGAGCUCCAUAAGAUUGGAAAUACUGUUAUGUCUCUUUGGUGCAGUUAUUUGCAAGAACACACACUUAAUCUUGGUGGGUUGAGGAAUACAUAUGCAUUUAAUAAUCCUGCUUCAGUAUCAACUGAAGCUGGUAAACUCAAACAACGUUCAGAGAAUCUAUGUCAGCGAAUGAUGGGUAUGCAACCUGAACAAUGGUUGAUAUGUCCGUGGAAUUCAGAUGAUCACUGGUUGACAAUUAUGAUUCAUGCCAAUACUCAAAGUGUUGCAUAUCUUAACUCGACGAAUGACUUUAUCUGAACUGAUAUUAUGAAAUGUAUC